AUGUCAGGUGUUGACAAGGAGAAUGAUGAUGUAACAGAAAACCCACACCCUGAAGAUGAAGCAGACAGUGACCUUCCAGAGGGAGCUGAAGGUCAGGACCAAACUGAGGAUAGAGCAGAAGGUCAGGAAAAGAGUGAAGAAGAGAGUGAGGACAGCAUAGAAGAGGGCACGGAGGCGGAGCUGGAGGCAGAAGAUGAAGCAGGGGCCCAUCAAGUUGUGCCCAGAUUACUGGGAUUCGCAGGGAAUCAGGAUGAAAAGAUCCACCCUGAAGCAGGAGAAGAGGCAGAUUCUGAUUCUGAAACAGAGGACUUCAUUAUGCCAACAGCUGAGGGAGCAUCCCUUGUGGAGGGUCAGCAAAAUAGGAAUUAUGAAGGAAAGGGAGAUAAUCUUAAUGAAGAGGUAGUUUUAGACAAUCCUUCUGGAGCUAAUGGUAUUGCUGGCAUAGCUACAAACCAUCAACAGUGUUCAUUGUCUUGUGAUUUGGCAGAAGCAGAUGUAGGUGUGAUCAAUGCAAAUUCUAAUCUUGAAGACAGAGACACAGAAACAGAAUCUGACAGACAUCAAGGUAAUAAUUUUGGUGCAGAAAAUUCACCUGUUGUUGGAUCAGCAGGAGAUUCUGUUGAGGCUGAUACAGCACCUGAUGAGGUCAGUGAGUCUGUUGAAGCAGAUUCUGGUAUGCCUAGUGGAAAUGAGUGUAUCAGUAACCAUGGUUUGCCAGAGAGUAGUGUAUUGAAUACUGAGCAGUCCAAGCUAACAGAUGCAUGUGGGGGAGUGGAUGAUGAAAGUGAUGAAUCAGUCAGUGAAAGGAAAAAUUUGACUGAGGAUGCCAGUAAUAUUAUUCUGGAGGAUGAGUUGGGUAGUGUUCAUGAUAAACAACUACUUAAUGUUAAAAAGAAACUCCAGCGUGGUGAAAGUGGGGAGUCUUGGGAACCAGAGUGUGAUCAAGACUCCGACGAAAUUCGAGGGUCUGCAGAAUUAUUUGAUUCUGACAGUCAGCCAAAUAUUAGUCAAAGUCAUAUGAAGCAGGGACAAUCCAGUACUUGUGAGAUACCAAAACCGGUUGUGACUUUGGAUGGUGAAGUACAGCAAGGUGCUGUAGAAACUUCAAAUCAUCAGUAUUCAUCUGUUUGUUUACAAAAUCAACAUUCUAGUCAAAGUGGAGAUCACUCAAACACUUCACCCAACUCAGUGUCAAAUGUUUCAGAGAUUCCUGUGAGUGGAGACUGUAUUGCUAGUAAGAAAGAGGGAGAUAUUUCACACUGUGAUACAAGUAAAGGAAUUAACUCUGUGUCUGCAAGUAUUGUAAAUACAGAUUCUGCAAAUACAGUGACUAACAAUUCAGAACGUAAUAUUGAUGAAAAACAUUCCUCUGAGGAUUCUUCAGCCUGUCAAACACACAGUGAUAAAAAUUGCAGUGGAAUUAGCACAAAUGGUGUUGACGAACAAACACAUGAGGGGGGUAACUUAAAACAAGAAAACAUCAAGGGAGAUGAUUCUAUGACUAAUAGUGAGUACAAAAAUUCAGACAUAAGUCUGAGUGAGAGUAAACUGUCAGAUGAAGCAAAACAACAAAACUGUGAUAUGGUUAAGCAAUGCUUGUCAAGUCCAGGAGAUAUGGUGGAUGAUGACCUUUUAGAUGAGCUGGAAUCAGAAUUGACCAAUCAGAAUCCAGAAAGGUUGCCAAUUAGUGCCAUUGACCCAGAUUUGACAUUGCCACUAGAUGACGAGAGUGGAGAUGCCACUCCCACCGGUCAUAGAAGUCCAGUGCCUCCUAAUGGCUUUGUUGAUGUGGGUAUCCACUCGAAGCUAGUACAAAAAUUACAAGCCUUACAGCAAGAGAUAAAGAGGACCAAAGCUAACCUACAGAAAGAACAGCAGGAAAGCCGCAGGUGGAAGAGCCAUGCAGAGGACUGUGAAGACCAGAUGAGCACAGCUAUAAAAGAAAGAGACUCCUACCUCCAUGAACUUAAAGCUGCAAAGGAGCACAAUGCUGAUGAACUCUAUAUCCCUCAGAUCAAGGAGUUGGAGUUUACAAUAGCACAACAGCAAAAUGAAGUGCGCGGAUUGAGAGAUAAACUGGCUAGUCAUGAUGCAGCUGCCAAGAAAUGCAUUGCUGGUCUUCAAACUGAGAUGAAGCAUCGAGUAGACCAGGUGACAAAGAUGUAUGAAGAGGCAAACAAAGACAAGGCUGACAUGGUGGUCAAGUAUGCACAGGCUGAGAAAAACUUCAUGGGUGCACACAAGGCUGUAGAGAGGUUAGAGGUCAAGGUCAGAGAAAUGACACGAGAGAGAGACAGUCUCAACAACAAAGUCAAGGAAGCUAAAGGCGAGCGGAAACGUUUACAGACAGAGAUUGACACAAAAACAUCGGAGGUCAACAGUAUAGCCAAAGAGCUGGAGAAAGAGAAGGACCUGUUAGUGUCUGCUGAUGUCCGUAUCAGGUGGGCCCAGAAUAAACUCAAGGCAGAACUAGAAUCCCACAAGGAAACAAAGGUUGUGCUGGAUAAAACUCACCAGAAACUGAAGGAAGCCAAGGAGGAAACAGAACAGAUUAGACAAAACUGUCAGGAAAUUGUUAAAACAUAUCAAGAAUCUGAGGAGAUAAAGUCAAACAAUUUAGACAACAAACUGAAGAUGAAGGAGAGUGAGCUGCUGCAUCAACAGCAGCAGAAAUCCAGUCAGGAGGAGGCAUACCAGGCAGCCUGCCAAGAGAUUGAACAGUUGAAAGGGAAACAGAUGGAACUGGUGACAGAUCUUGGAACAUUCCGUGAUAAAUGUACUCAUAUGGAAGCUGAACUACAGCAGAAUGAGGAGACCAUGAACAAGUAUACAGCCAUGUUACAGAAACAGAAGAAGGAUAACAAGGAUCUUCAAACACGGAUAGAGCACCUGGUACCACUACAGAGUGACUUAAAGAGGGCCCAGACUACUAUAAAGUCCUUAGAUGCUGAGAUUGCUGAAUUGAAGAUCAGUAACAAGGACCUAAAGAUUGAGAGUGAGGCAUGCUAUAGACGAGAGACAGAGAAACUGGAACUCACAGAAAAACUUAGUGCUAAAAAUGCUGAACUACAAUCUGAGAACACCCUGCUGCAGAAUAAGAGCCUAAGUCUGUCCAGUGAGGUACAGAGUCUGAGGAUAGAAGUUCAGUCACAGGAGGCCAAAGUUAAGCAACUGACCAUUGACCUAGAAGAAGAGCAACGUCUAAGACAAGGGGAGGUAACUCAUCUAACAACAAGUCUGGCUGAGAAGACAAAGGCUGCUGAGGAAAUGGCACGGCGGAUUGAAGAUGAGAAAGAUGAAAUCAAAACUUUAAAAAGGAAACAUACUAAUAAUGUGAAGGAUUUGACACGCCAGCUCCAACAGGCUAAAAAGCGUUUAGAGGCUGUAGAGAUGAACGGGGAACGAGAUACAACCAGUAUGGGGUCUCGCACUAGUUCUAAUGGUUCACUCAAUACUAUGGCAGACACACAGAAUGGGCCAUCACAAGGAGUUCCAGCUGUCCGACACUAUAGCCCACAGGAACAGGAAUAUCCAGUUAUCACGGAACAAGUUGAGCCAGACAGACAACUUCUUAUUGAGAGAAUUGUCAAGCUGCAGCGAUCUCAUGCUCGCAAAAAUGAAAAGAUUGAGUUCAUGGAUGACCACAUCUCACAGUUAAUUGAUGAAAUACAUAGAAAGAAUAAGAUAAUUCAGAGCUAUGCCCUUCGAGAGGAAGCUGGGACAUUAACACCAGAAGUUAUGGAUCAUCACAAGAUUGACAGCAGGCGCCAGUCCAUCCAGGCAAAGAUAUCAAAGAAACACAGCAUCAUGGGAUCUCUGUAUAGCUCUCAUCAAACUGAUGGGACCAUGACCCUUGACCUUUCAUUGGAGAUCAACAAAAAGUUACAGGCCGUGCUGGAGGAUACAUUACUGAAGAAUAUAACACUGAAGGAAAGUCUAGAUACACUAGGAGAAGAAAUUUCCAGACUCUCACAAGAAAAUAGACAGUUGCAACUCUCAACACAGACAAGGAAGAAACCUGCCCGAUGACAGCAGAGCUUGUGGUGAUAUGUUCACUUUGGGAGCAGGCUGUUGUUAUCUAGUAUAUCAAUGACUGACAUGGGUCGCCUGUACUGUGGUUUUUAUCACAGAAGUGGUUGUGCUAUCAUAUGACUUCAUCUGGUACAAGAACAUAACACUGUGUGGUCAACAACAAAGACAUCAGGGUUUCACUGCUUUGACUGUAACAAACUGAUAUCUGUAUCACAUGGAGUAUCCACAUAUAUGAUGAGUGGUAUGUCAGUAUUGUACAAAUUAUUAAAGACUUGCAUGGAGUUGAAUAUCAUUUAAAUGCUGACCGUUAUUCAUCAAGAGAUGUUCAUCUGGUGGUUCUUUUGGUUCAAAGCCGAUUAGCAUCAGAAUUAAUUUAAGCAUAUCAACAUGAAGUACUUUUGUGCAUCCUCUGGUACUCUACUGUACAUGCCUGGAAUGUGUGGGAAUGUUUUCUGUGUGAUAUAAUCCCUAUUUGAAAGCGUAAUUUACCCUCAGAGACCUCUUCAGUAUAGUAUGGCCAGUUUUCCUUAUUUAGUGUAAUUAUUGAUGUACUGUGUUAAUGAUCAGUGAGACAUACGGUCAGAAUCUAGAUCAUCAAUAUAAAUUUGUGAUAGAUUGUCUGGAUGGUUUCUAGUUUUGGUGAAGUUGAAGAUAGCCAUUGUAAGAUUUACUAUCUGUUAAGGUUUGUGUUUAAACCGAGUGACAAGUAUGAAACAAGCAGAAUCUUGGAUCUUUUGAACAAAUAAUGUGGUUCCCUAGGGUAUUCUGUUAACAAACUGACCAAAUCACAUGGUCUGUUGAGGUAUUUCGUUAACACACUGACCAAAUCACAUGGUCUGUUGGGAUGUUCACUUAACAAACUGACCAAAUCACAUGGUCUGUUGAGGUAUUUCAUUAACAAACUGACCAAAUCACAUGGUCGGUUGGGGUAUUUCGUUAACACACUGACCAAAUCACAUGGUCUGUUGGGGUAACCAGUUUACACAAAACUACAUCAUCCCCUGGGUGUCCAGUUUAGAUGAAUGUUAAAUAUAAUUGACAAUCUUAUUGUUAACAUUAUCAGGACAAGGAUGGCAAAAAUGUAUAUGUUUAUAUUUUGUUUUAUAUAUUAAUAUGUCUGAUACUAUAUAUACUCAGUAUAUGUUCAGUUGAGAAGAAUUCUGUAUAAUUUUAGUCGAGCAAAAUUCUGUAUAAUUUCAUUUAAGAAUAAUUCUGUGUAACUUGAAUUAAUUGCAGUUCAGAAGAAUUCUGAAAAAUUGCAGUUGAGAAUAACCAAGAGAAGAUUUUAAAAGUUUAAACUAAGAAAUUAAAAACAUGCUGAUAUUUUGGUAAGAUCCUUGUCUUGUCCUGGCACAUGCACGUCUAGUCCUGUAUCAGAUGGUGAAGUAGUGGUACAUGUAUGGUGUGUGUAGUAGACUGUAAGAAUAAACAGAAAAAUGAUUGAGAAAAUAUAUGUUACCAAGUUAUGAGAAUUGAAAAAAGAACGACAUGCCUGUAUUCUUACAUUUACAAAAAAUAUACACAAUUAUGUAUGCUUUACACUAAUUAUCUUUACUUUGUUAUAACAGAAAAAUGUAGCAAUCUGAAAAAUCAAUGUUGGUAACUUUUAUCUGUGAAAGGCAGUUUGUGAGUUAAACCUUAUAGGCUAUUCAUUAGCUGAUGUAUAGGAUAUGUAUAAUCACAUUAUGAUCAGCUGCAGGCCAGGUGGUAUACCCUUGUCAAAAUACCUGAUGGCUUGUGUCCUAUCAAGGUCUUGUUUUGCAGUAUGACAAGGUUACUGCUGGUAAAUCUUUGGCAUUUAUGUUAUCUCUUCUGUCUUAUUAUAAAAUCUCAAGGCCAGUAUGUUAUACCAGGGUAGUCUUUAUAACAGCAUGAAGAAUGUUUAUGACAGACAAAGACUACUGAUUUUAAAAUGGUAAAGCUUGUCAAAGUCCUGUCUUUUUCAUUUAAAAAAAAUAAUCCUUUUAAUGGUAUGAACAUAUCUGAGAUGUCUCUAUAGAAUUUAUUUUUAUCGGUGUUAGAAUACAGAAAACAGUGUUAUGUAACAAUUGACAAUUAAUAUAAACAUUUUUAUGUUUGUGAUCUUUUGUAUUAGGUUCUUGCAGUAUAACAUCCCGUGUGUAUUCAGUCUUUUACACUUAUAAACAAAUGUCAGUGAGGAUUUCAGGCCAAUUAGGGGUUAAGUUGGUUGGUUAAAAGUUUUUCAUCUCCGUGACUUUUCCUUGCACUAGGCUUUGCUUCACCAUCACACAUCAGUACUCUUGAAUUGUGUCUUGUUUAACAUUUGCAAUUCUUUAUUAUAGAUGGCCUUUAUUGUAUUGAAUUGAACGUGACUGAGCGAUACAAAUGACAAGUUAUAGAUUUUUUUUUUUACGUAUCGCAUUCUCUGUAAAUCAACGAGAGAAUGUUUGUUUUUUACGUACUGCAUUUUCUGUAAAUCAAAGAGGGAAUUUUUUUUUUACGUAUCGCAUUCACUGUAAAUCAUCGAGAGAAACUAAGGAUUUUUUUUAUGUUAGAAUCUCAUUAAUACAGAACUUUGAUAAAGGUAUAACAUAGGUGUGACAAUAAAGUGAGGUGGGACCUGAGAAUGUAAAGUACAGUGUUAAUUUCUUUGUACUUUUCUUUCUAAUGUAUCAAUUGAUACGAGAUUUACAAUGUUAUCCUUUAAUAUCGGCAGAUUUCUUUCUAAUGUAUCAAUUGAUACGAGAUUGACAAUGUUAUCCUUUAAUAUCGGCAGAUUUCUUUCUAAUGUAUCAAUUGAUAUGAGAUUGACAAUGUUAUCCUUUAAUAUCGGCAGAUUUCUUUCUAAUGUAUCAAUUGAUAUGAGAUUGACAAUGUUAUCCUUUAAUAUCGGCAGAUUUCUUUCUAAUGUAUCAAUUGAUACGAGAUUGACAAUGUUAUCCUUUAAUAUCGGCAGAUUUCUUUCUAAUGUAUCAAUUGAUACGAGAUUG